AUAGUUUGUGUUUCACAUUGAUCAAUUUAUAUGGGAAAAUGCGACUUGUUUAUCCAGAUAGUAUGAUUUUCCUUUCUUGUUAUUCAUUUAGCACAACAUGGGUUCAAGAGAAAUUGUAACAUUACAGAUCGGUCAUUAUUCAAAUUUUGUUGGCACACAUUGGUGGAACUUGCAGGAGUCUUCGUUCCUCUACAACCCGUCAGUUGCUCAACAAAAAGAAAAGGAAGUGGAUCAUGAUGUAUUAUGGCGAGAAGGAAGCACACUCAAGAAUGAGACCACCUUCACUCCCAGACUUAUAGCAGUGGAUCUGAAAGGAAGCCUGAAUACUUUAAAACAAGAAGGAGUUUUGUAUGAAAUAAAUCAACAAGAGGACAUUAAAUGGAGUGGUGACAUCACACUUCAUAAGUCGGCCACGACAUACAAGAAUGCUUAUUUGUUAGAACUUGAGAAAGAGGAUGAAGCAAUCUUGGGAGACAAGGAAAAACUGCGAGAUGCAGCAGAUAUUAUAGAUGAUGUAGAAAUGAAAGAUUCGUCAUCCAGCAGUAAAAAAGAUGUAAGUAGCCAUAAUUCCCAAGUUCUGUUUGGAAAGAUCUUCCACAAUCUGGACGACGUUGUUAAGGUUUGGUCCGAUUACAUUCGAGUUUAUCUUCAUCCAAAGACAGUCCACAUCGUAGAGCAGUACAGCCAUCAGAACACUCUUCAUCCAUUUGACAUAUAUGGAGCGGGUCACAAAGCAAUGGAAGAUUAUGAAGCAAGAAUGGAAUUAGAAGACAGAAUUCAUUAUUUCUGUGAAGAAUGUGACAGCUUACAGGGUUUUCAUGUUCUGCUAGACACACAUGAUGGAUUUGGUGGAAUUGCGGCCCAAACUUUACAACAUUUACAAGACGAGUACUCGUCUAAAGCUGUUAUGUCCUUUGGAUUAACCCCAGCAAACCUCCCUGACGAUACUCCAGUUAGAAGAGCUAACAGGAUUCUGAACUCGGCUCUAAGUUAUCACACAAGUUUUACCCAGAGUUCCCAGUUUUUCCCACUAUCCUUAGCGAAUAGUUUGUGGAAAACCAUUGGAGACUAUGCAGACUUCCCGCAGCUAGAUUACAAGCUGAUGGAUUACCACACUAGUGCUAUUUUAGCAGCUACGCUAGACACAGCCACAUUACCCUACAGAACAGUUAAUCCAAUCCACAUGUGUGAUAUAGCAAACAGCUUCCAGAGUCAUGGCAAAAAGGUUGGAUCUGUAAGUGCAGCCUUACCUAUGAUGUUGGAGACAGAGUCAAACUUUGUGGACAUGGUUCAGGGCUUAGAGGGCACCUUGCCCUGGCUGUCCAUUACGCCCCAUUGUCUUAAUCAGGCAAACCCGUACAUGCAGUCUGUGGUAGUUAGAGGUAUCCCAGAAAACAUGCCAAGAAGCCCAAGAGGCCUCUACAGUUCCUGUCGAUCAGUUAAUGACACCUUACAAGUUUAUCUCACAGAGAAUUUCAUAUCCGGUCUCAGUGCUGGAACAGUGAUAAAAAGUCCUGCUAAAGUAAGCACCCCAUUUCCACACAUCUUCAAAAAAAGUAUCAACAGAAAUGGAUUUUUAUCAACAAAUCAGAGACUGCCGUUUGAAGGUGUUGACACAGUCCCUAUGAUGACCAGUAUGCAGUCCAGUCCUGACUGUGCACAGUUAUUGAAUACCUUGUACACAGAGGCCAAGAAACUGAACAUCAGAAAGCACACACGGUACUUAGAGUCCGGCCUGGAGGAGGACGAGUUUCAGGAUAUGCUUCAGGAAUUGGCAGCCCAGGAAAAAUGUUACAAACCGAACAGUGAUAUGGGAUGACAUCCUGGAAAGACAAUGGAAAUAAUCAACCUGUCAUUUCUGUUCACUACAAAACUUGGGCAUUGCCACAUCAGGAGUUGCAGACACUCUGUAUGCAUAUAAAACAUUUGCUUGAAAUGCAUCCUAAAAUGUUUACAUUUCCAAUGUUUUCACAAAUUGUAAUGAUAACCAUUUUCUCAUGAAUGUGCUGUAAAUGUAAACAAAGUGUAUUUGAGUAUAGUAACAUCUAUUUUAAUGGAUUGGAAAUCUGACAAAAAUUAAAGUAGAAUUUAAGUAUCAGAAAUAUAUCAUUUUUGAAAUUACUCGAGAAUAUGAACCUGGAUACUUCACACGGGCAUAUACUUUUCAUGACGAGCUUAACAUGAAGUGUGCGGGCAUGAAGUGUUGCAGUUCAUACCCUCAUAUAUUUUAUUUCUGCAUAACUCAUUUACAUGUUGUUGGAAUUCAUGCAGUGUGAAGUGACUUUAUUUUCAUGUAAAUUUAAAAUAAAAGCUUGAACAAAGGAA